GAGAGACACGGGUCUUGCUGCUCUCUGUUUGUGAAUCUUGCAUAUUUAAAUGGCGUGCUGUGACCUGAGAGAAGAGCUGAAUUGCUCUGUCUGCCUCAAUGUAUAUACAGAUCCUGUAAUGCUAAUAUGUGGGCAUAACUUCUGCAGGACUUGCAUCCUUAGCGUACUGGGUACCCAGACGGAAUCUGCCUUUUACACCUGCCCUGAGUGCAGAGUAGAAUUUUUGGAAUGGCCUGACUUGCACAGGAACAGAAAACUUUGUAACAUUGUGGAGCAAUUCCUUUCUGCUCACUCAGAAUUAAGUGAAUCUGCCAUCGUAUGCACAUACUGCAUUCACUCUCCUGUACCUGCUCUUAAGUCCUGCCUGAUGUGUGAAGCGUCAUUGUGUGAUACACACCUGAAGAUACACAGCAAGUUAGAGGACCACAUUUUAACUGAUCCUACUACUUGCUUUAAGAACAUCAAAUGCUCCACCCACAAAAAAGUUUUGGAGUACUAUUGCUGUGAGGAUUCCACUUGUGUCUGUGCACAUUGCUGCUUAGCUGGGGAUCACAGGGGGCACACGGUGGAACUAAUCACUGAGGCCUUUGAGAAAAAACAGGAGAAGCUGCGACUCGUCCUCCACAAACUGAAGAAAGAAAAGAAGGUGUAUAAUGAAAGACUUCAGAACCUUCAGCUUCAAACACACAAAGUUCUACAGAAGGCAGCUGAGGCUACAGAGGAAGUCUCUGUCCUGAUUAGGGACAUCAGAGAAAGGCUCAAAAUGAUAGAGUCAGACAUCCUGAGAGAGAUAUCUGAGCAGGAAAAUGAGCUGUCAUGCAAUAUCUUGGAUAAGAUUGAGCAGCUGGAAAUAAAAAAGGCUGAGCUGACCAGGCACAUAAGCUACAUGAAAGUGCUGAGCACCACGAGUGAUCCAUUUACCAUCCUACAAAUAGAGGAAUCGCUUCCAGCUGACUCUUGUGAUGCUUGGGAGAGUGAUUACAAAGAGAUUCCAUCAACAGUAUAUCUAGACAAAGAACUUAUCUUGGACUCAUUACAAACCAACCUGGAUCGUUUUGUGGCCUAUGUACAAACAAAAAGAAUGUUCCUUGUUGCUCCCAGUGGUGGGCCAAGCCAGCCGGGCACCCUGGGCAAACUAGGCAGGCACCUGGCCACCCCCUGCCGCCGGAACACUCAUUCACAUGCAGUCGUUCGUUCGCAUGCUCUCAUUCGUUCUCGCACGCGCUCAUAUAUUCGCAGUGUGCGUACACACACGAGAUUGUGAACAAGCUCAGGCACUAGGCCAUGCCUCUCCUGCCUACCCCUAUGUUCUUCCUUGGUUGCUCCACUACUAAGUGUGUAAUGUGCAUGCCAACAAAUGCCAGGAAGACAACACUGAGAGAUUCGUCCAUUUUCAGAUUUGGACACUAGUGAAUUUUCUUCAGGGCAACAAAAAUAAUCUAAAUGGCAGUUAAACAUUCAUGCCAAGAAAUCAGGAUAAUUCUGGAUUGUGAAGCUAGAUUUUCUUAGGAGCUGUGUUCCCCCAUUCUGCAUUCAGAGUAGGGACAAGCUGGGUGAAACUCCUUGAUUAGGUUACAGACCAGCACCCCUUUAAUUGCCAGCUUCCCAAUAUGCAGCUGCCCAGUCGCCACCAUUAUUCAAGGUUCUUCUGUGAUAAAGACCAUUUACUGCUAUUUCAAUGCCUUUGUUAAAAAUUAACAUUAUUUUCUGAUUUCAUAUCUUUCCAUGUGCAACUGUAUGCUAGAAUAGUUUUGCUAAGAAGUUUAGGACAUCAAUAAAAAUAUUUACAUGCUGUA